GAGAGAGAAAACUCUGUUAUUCACUGCGUCUCCAACUUUGAGAGGAAGUUACCACCUCUUCCCCAGACUCUGUACACACAGGCUCAGGCAGACACGCACAAGCUCUUCAGGACUUGACCACAGCAGGAACAAAGUGAAAGAUUCAGGAUUGCUUGUAAUGCUUUGUUUCUUUCAACAUUUGGAGGGAAAGAAGGCUGCAUUUUGCCUGAAGCUUUCUGUGUGGACUCAACAGUGUCAGAGGGACCUUGUCAUAACAGACCGGGUGGCCAAAUGAACGGUUUAGCCUGAGGACCAAAGAUCACAGGCCCCGAUCCAACAGCACAGCGAAAGAGAAAGAGAGAGAUCAUUUUGCAGCCAUUCUCCAACUUCUCAUUACACUAUGAGCUGGGAUUGAGGACGUGCUUCAAAGUUUCAUUUUGUGGUGUGAAAAAAUCUACUAAAGAUCAUCAUGGAUGUGAAGAAAAAAGAGAUGGACCUCCUGAGCAACAGCAUAGCUGCAUAUGCUCACAUAAAAGCAAACCCAGAGAGCUUCGGCCUUUACUUUGUGCUUGGAGUGUGUUUCGGCCUGGUGCUGACGCUCUGCCUUCUGGUCAUCCGCAUCUCCUGCAAGCCCCGGACCAACAUCGCCACCUCAACGCCUGAGAAAAAACCCUUAAAGGACAUCAGUGAGGAGGACGAAGAGAGCGAGGACGAUGAAGAUGAAGAUGGGGACGACGUAGAGGCACCCAUCCCUUUGCCAAGCACAGAAAUCCCUGUUGGUAAUCAUAUCGGGCAAUCAAACGGGACACUGAGUGUGAACGUGUUUACUUCGGCUGAGGAGCUGGAGCGGGCACAGCGCCUGGAGGAGAGGGAGCGCAUCAUACGUGAGAUCUGGAGGAACGGCCAGCCUGAUAUCCUGGGGUCAGGAACAGGGACUAUUGGCAGAGUGCAUUACUACUAAGAUGCAUGAGGCUUCAAGAGAAACACUGGGAGCUCUGUGAAGGACAGGCAGAGACCUUUGGGUGAGCCCGAUGUCCCUGAAGCCUGUGAGACUUGUGUUAGAUACAAUGCCACGUCAUGGAAACAGGACAACAGUGAUGUGACUUUUUGAUAGGACAAUACUCAGCUUUGACAGAGCUGAACUAUGUGAUAUUGCACUUCCCAUGUAGCAAUGUUAUUUUCAACUGACUACAUGACGUUUUAACCGACAGGUGUCUUAAGGACUGAUCAUUCCAUAUGGAAAAUAUGUAGUGUGAAUGUGGGAGCUGAAUGACACUUGAAGUAGUCAGUCUAUUCAAAUGUAUGGCGCUUAAUGACAAAAAUGCACACAAGUAUAGGAUUAUGUAUGUUAUAAGUGGAACAUGGAUGCAUUUAAGGACAAUGUAUGUACUGUAAUUUGCUAUUAAGAUGUUUUUUAAAUUGCAGUCAGGACAGUCUUCCUCUAGACGGGUGAGUUUGUGGGACAUAGAAAAUACUCUCUGUGUCUGUGUAAGGAAAUUAAAUUGUUUAAAAAAGCACAUUUGAAUCAAUUUGGGGGGGUUCAGCAUACACAGCAAAAUGUCAGGACAAUUACAUUUGGAGUCUAUAAUUUAUGAGUUCAUUAAAUCCAUGUCUGUGUUUUCAGGGAUGAUUCCACCAAAGGAAAUGACAGAAUUAAAGUAUUACGCUUAAAUAA